AUGAAAGACCAAUGGAAAAGAUGCAGAGUCGCUGCAAAAAAGGAAUAUGGCAUUUACGCUAGAGAAAGCAGGAAAACUGGAGGUGGGCCUCCACCAAAGACCCCCUCCCAGAUGACUCAACUAAUAAAGGACAUUUGUCCACAUGACUUCACACAAUUAUCGAAUCCCUUCGAUGACGACGCCGAUCAGGACAAUGGUGCGAUAUCGGCGUUGGAGUUUAUCGUUGGUCGUCAUCGCGGGUCCUGCACACCCCCACAACGAUCAUGUACUCCCGUCAUGCCCCUGGAAGUCGAUUGCUCCACAGAUCUAGAGGAUGGUGAAUUGAGCUACCACCAACAGACCGUCCAAUCUACGAAUUUGGCUUCAAAAGACUCAACCGUCAACCAUAAACCAUCAACGUCUGGAACAAGCUACCACCAACAGACCGUCCAACCUACGAAUUUGGCUUCCCAUGACUUAACCGUCCACCAUCAACCAUCAACCUCCGGAACAAGCUACCACCAACAGACCGUCCAACCUACGAAUUUGGCUUCCCAUGACUCAACCGUCAACCAUCAACCAUCAACCUCCGGAACAAGCAAACAGCAACAGAAUGUCCCAUCUUCCCUAACCGACUUAACACCGUCAACCUCUGGAACAAGGGAGACUUCAAUUCCACCUAUUCUUCCAAGAAAAAUUUCCAAGCCUACUGGACCUGGAUCUACUCUGCAACCAACAAACCCCUCAAGGAAUACAGAAACCAAACCAUCUGCCAAGAGAAGCUUGCACUAUCUAGAACAGCUGGAACCAAACACAAAGAAAAAAAGUCUCAGUCCAGCACAAGAAGUAAUGAUUGAAUUGGCAAGAGAAGAGCAUGCAUGGCUCAAACGUGAGCAUGAAUUAAGAGUUGAAAUCCUUCAGCUAGAAAUACGAACUGCACAAUACAAGGAAGAGGAAGCUCGUAGAUCACUUAACAAAGUCAAUGCUAAUUUGAAUUCAGAUCCCUAAACUAUCUAUUUCAUAUAUUACAAAUUAAUAAUAAUUUUUAACAAUAUGAAUAUGUGUAUUUAACUGUGCAUGCCAUAACAUUCUUAACUACAAGUCUACUACUGCUACUUCUGUUCAAUGAAUCUUUGUUUAAGAUUGAAGUUAACUAGAGUAUAAUUAUUUUUUUCAUUCUCAUCUACAAUGAAUGAAGUAGAGGA